CAGUUGUCUCAGCUCUCACGUCUCUAUCGCCGCCUGCCGCUGCCUCGCCCCUUCCCCGCCGACGCCAUGGCCACCUCCGCCGCCUCGUCGCCUUCCCCCGACCAACCUCCCGCAAACAAGGCGGUCCGCGUGGUGGUCAAGGGCCGGGUCCAGGGCGUGGGCUUCCGCGACUGGACGGCCGAGACGGCGGAGUCCCUCGGCCUCGCCGGCUGGGUCCGCAACAACCGCCGCGACGGCACCGUGGAGGCCCUCCUCUCCGGCGACCCUGCCAAGGUCGACGAGAUGGUCACCCGCCGCCUCCCCGUCGGCCCUCCUGCCGCCGCCGUCACCGCCGUCGUCACAUCCCCAGCCGACCACAUCCACCCCUCCCUCGGCUUCGAGAUCAAGCUCACCGUCUGAUUCGGUAACCCCGGCGUCCGAUCGACCACAGCCAGCGGGUUCUGCACGGCUUGUGGUCAACUGCCGAUGGUUAGUACCGCCAACCUAAUUCCAUAUCUGACCUGCAGCAUCUGCACUACUGCAUUUCUUAGGCAAACUGUUAUAAGAGAACUAUUGUGGUCAAUGUGCACAACAAUGGCUUUAUUCAACCAGUCCACAUGAUGGCAAUUAGGAUUAAAGGUCAUGUCCAAGAAUGUUGCUAUGUAUGGUAUCUCGGUAUAGUUCUUGAAUAAUAUGGCACUGCUGAGUUGUGAUUUAA